CGAAACCGUGGGUUUGGUUACCUCCGCAACUUGCAACUGCAACAAUAGUACUUGGGUCUCGUAUCGUUGGGUCGCUCCGAACAGAACACCUGUUGCGCCACAUCUGUUACACCUCCGCUUCGUUUUGGAAACAAAGAAGCUCGAAUUCCCAAACCCUACUCCCACUACAUCCCUACUGGUGAUGUUUUCCUUUUUUGUUUGCAGUUACAUCUCUCUUUUUUCCCAUCUUGCACUGAGUUUGUACGAACCUACGGACGACGUUGUUCAACUUACUCCAGCGAACUUUGAUCAAGUAUUGUCGAGUGACUCCUUGUGGCUCGUAGAGUUCUAUGCUACCUGGUGCAAGCAUUGUCAGAAUCUGGCCCCAGAAUGGAAGCAAGCGGCAACGCAACUUAAAGGCGUAGUGCAUGUUGCCGCCGUCAACGCUGAGGAACACCAGUCACUUUCUGCCCGUUACGGGGUCAAAGGUUUUCCAACCAUUUUGGUGUUCGGAAAUAAUAAGAAGUCCGGUCCUGCCAGUUACACAGGCGCACGGCGGCGCCCUGAUAUCGUCAAGGAAGCCUUGAGACUGGUGACCGAAAUGGUACAAUCUCGAUUUCCUGGUGGAUAUUCCGACGACAGUCGCGGGGGUACAGAUGUCAUUCAGCUAACUGAUGAUAAUUUCGAUGAGACCGUGUUACGCAGCGAAGACCCUUGGUUGGUAGAAUUUUUCGCUCCCUGGUGUGGUCAUUGUAAGAAUCUCAAACCUCAUUGGGAGCGGGCUGCUACUGAAUUGAAGGGAAUCAUGAAAGUCGGUGCGGUAGACGCAACUGUACACUCAAGGCUAACAGCUAAAUACAACAUCGGUGCCUAUCCUACUAUCAAAUUCUUCCCAUCAGGAGCUAAACUUCAGGAACCAACGGAUUAUGACGGGGGUCGUACUUCGGAUGACAUCGUUCGUUGGGCACAGGACAAAGCUGACGCAUUAUUGCCUGCCCCAGAUGUCGUCGAGGUAGUCUCUCCAGAAACCUUCAAAGACGCGUGCGAAAGUCACUCCAUCUGUGUGAUUAGCGUCCUACCAACAUUGUAUGAUUGCCAGUCAGCAUGCCGAAAUAAGUACCUGAGUCUUCUCAGGGAACAAGCUGAGAAAACAAAGAAACAAAAAUGGGGAUGGCUGUGGACGGAGGCGCUACGACAGCCCGAUUUGGAGAGCAAGUUUGAUAUUGGCGGAUCUGGAUAUCCGGUACGUUUAUUGUUUCUAAGUUCUAUUUUGCGCUUUCUGCACAGUCUUGAUUUGUUUUGUUCUUGUGCUUCGGACAAAGCUUACCGAAGCCACACUCAGCCCGCUUUGGAUGCAUUACUUUGGAUUGUCCUUGUUAGUGCUAGUGCUCUUUUCACUUCUCAAGACGCAUGA